UCAGCUCCACUCCAGGAAGGCCACCUCCUCCCUGCCCUCCUCCCCCCUCCUCCUGCUGUCACCACUCACCGCUCAUCGUCUCGAGGGGGUGGGGACCCCAGGGCUGGACACACCCCACCGUGGCCCCAGAGCUCAGCCGGUCGGGACGGACUCACGGUCGGACACAGGACCCCAGAGCCUGAGGUGGGCAGUGUGCCAGGGUCCCUCGCAGCCUCCUCAAGCCCCUUCCAGGCUAUGGGUGUCAAGACAGCAUUGCCAGCAGCGGAGCUGGGUCUCUACUCCCUGGUGGUGAGUGGCGCCCUGGCCUACGCGGGCAGAGGUCUCCUUGAUGCUUCACAAGAUGGGGCUCACAGGAAGGCCUUCCGGGAGUCUGUGCGACCCGGCUGGGAGUACAUUGGCCGCAAGAUGGAUGUGGCUGACUUCGAGUGGGUGAUGUGGUUCACCUCCUUCCGCAACGUCAUCGUCUUUGCCCUCUCGGGACACGUGCUCUUUGCUAAACUCUGCACCAUGGUUGCCCCCCAGCUCCGCUCCUGGAUGUAUGCUGUUUACGGGGUCCUGGCCGUGUUGGGCACAAUGGGCCCUUGGUACCUGCUGCUGCUGCUGGGCCACUGCGUGGGCCUCUAUGUGGCCUCACUGUUGGGCCAGCCUUGGCUCUGUCUCGGCCUUGGCCUGGCCAGCCUGGCCUCCUUCAAGGUGGACCCUCUAAUCUCUUGGCAGAGCGGGUUUGUAACAGGCACUUUUGAUCUUCAAGAGGUGCUGUUUCACGGGGGCAGCGGCUUCACAGUACUGCGCUGCACCAGCUUUGCGCUGGAGAGCUGCGCCCACCCUGAGCGCCGCUACUCCCUGGCCGACCUGCUCAAGUACAACUUCUACCUGCCCUUCUUCUUCUUCGGGCCCAUCAUGACCUUCGACCGCUUCCACGCCCAGGUGAACCAGGUGGAGCCCGUGAGGCCUGAGGGCGAGCUGUGGCGCAUCCAGGUCCAGGCGGGCCUCAGCGUGGUGGCCAUCGUGGCUGUGGACAUCUUUUUCCACUUCUUCUACAUCCUCACCAUCCCCAAUGACCUCAAGUUUGCCAACCGCCUCUCAGACAGCGCCCUAGCCGGCCUGGCCUACUCGAACCUCGUGUACGACUGGGUGAAGUCAGCUGUCCUUUUUGGCGUCGUCAACACCGUGGCACGUCUGGACCACCUGGACCCGCCACAGCCUCCCAAGUGCAUCACUGCUCUCUACGUCUUCGGGGAAACGCAUUUCGACCGGGGCAUCAACGACUGGCUUUGCAAGUAUGUGUAUGACCACAUUGGCGGGGAGCACUCUGCGGUGAUCCCAGAGCUGGGAGCCUCGGUGGCCACAUUUGCCAUCACCACUCUGUGGCUUGGGCCUUGUGACAUCGUCUACCUGUGGUCAUUCCUGAACUGCUUUGGCCUCAACUUUGAGCUCUGGGUGCAGAAGCUGGCAGAGCAGAGGCCUCUGGCAGGAAUCGAGGCCCGUCUGUCGGAGCAGAUGUCCCGUCGGGUCCGGGCCAUCUUUGGGGCCAUGAACUUCUGGGCCAUCAUCAUGUAUAACCUUGUGAGCCUGAACAGCCUGGAGUUCACAGAGCUGGUCACCCGGCGCCUGCUACUCACAGGGUUCCCCCAGACCACGCUGGCCAUCUUGUUUGUCACCUACUGUGGUGUCCAGCUGGUGAAGGAGCGCGAGCGAACCCUGGCCCUGGAGGAGGAGCAGAGCCAGGACAAAGAGAAGCCGGAGUAGGUGGGAGGGGGCGAGGGCCAGGCUCCGCUCAGCUAG